UAGGAGUGUCAACAUGCAAGAUGGCGGCCCAUCACCGGCAGAACACGGCAGGGCGGAGGAAAGUGCAGGUUUCCUAUGUUAUUCGAGAUGAAGUGGAGAAGUACAAUCGAAAUGGAGUCAAUGCCCUGCAACUGGAUCCAGCACUGAACAGACUUUUCACCGCCGGUCGAGACUCAAUCAUAAGAAUAUGGAGUGUCAAUCAGCACAAGCAAGAUCCAUAUAUAGCAUCUAUGGAACACCAUACUGAUUGGGUAAACGACAUUGUACUUUGUUGUAAUGGGAAAACAUUAAUAUCUGCUUCUUCUGACACGACAGUGAAAGUGUGGAAUGCACAUAAGGGAUUUUGCAUGUCAACACUAAGGACACAUAAGGAUUAUGUCAAGGCCUUAGCAUAUGCCAAGGAUAAAGAACUGGUAGCUUCGGCUGGAUUGGACAGACAAAUAUUCCUUUGGGAUGUGAAUACUUUAACAGCAUUGACUGCCUCAAAUAACACUGUCACAAGUUUACAUCAAGACAGUGAUUCAUAUUUUGAGAGUGCUUCUACCUACAGCAUUCUAGCCCCCAAGAGUGUGGUUGAACAACAAGGAGCUAGUUCCUCACAGCAGUCUAAAAAUGCUUCUUCUUUAAGUGGGAACAAAGAUUCCAUUUAUAGCCUGGCAAUGAAUCAACUGGGAACAAUCAUUGUAUCAGGGUCUACUGAGAAGGUUUUAAGGGUAUGGGAUCCAAGAACAUGUGCAAAACUAAUGAAGCUGAAAGGACACACAGACAAUGUCAAAGCACUGCUGUUGAACAGAGAUGGUACACAGUGCCUUUCCGGCAGUUCUGAUGGGACAAUUCGCCUUUGGUCCCUUGGCCAGCAGAGAUGUAUAGCAACAUACCGAGUCCAUGAUGAAGGUGUCUGGGCUCUGCAAGUCAAUGACGCCUUCACGCACGUGUAUUCUGGAGGAAGGGACAGGAAGAUUUAUUGUACAGACCUUAGAAACCCUGACAUUCGGGUACUAAUUUGUGAAGAAAAAGCACCAGUUCUCAAGAUGGAGCUUGAUAGAUCAGCUGAUCCCCCUCCUGCAAUUUGGGUUGCCACGACUAAGUCUACAGUAAAUAAAUGGACCUUGAAGGGAAUUCAUAAUUUUAGAGCCUCUGGAGAUUAUGACAAUGACUGUACAAAUCCUAUAACACCACUUUGUACGCAGCCUGACCAGGUUAUUAAAGGGGGUGCGAGUAUUAUUCAGUGCCACAUUCUUAAUGAUAAGAGACAUAUAUUAACCAAAGAUACCAAUAAUAAUGUGGCAUAUUGGGAUGUAUUGAAGGCUUGUAAAGUUGAAGAUUUGGGCAAAGUGGAUUUUGAAGAUGAAAUUAAGAAGAGAUUUAAGAUGGUAUAUGUGCCAAAUUGGUUCUCAGUAGACUUAAAAACGGGGAUGUUGACUAUUACUUUGGAUGAGAGUGAUUGUUUUGCUGCUUGGGUUUCUGCAAAAGAUGCUGGCUUCAGCAGCCCUGAUGGGUCAGAUCCAAAAUUGAACUUAGGAGGACUUUUACUCCAAGCACUCCUAGAAUAUUGGCCUAGAACACAUGUAAAUCCAAUGGAUGAAGAAGAAAAUGAAGUAAACCAUGUAAAUGGGGAGCAGGAGAACCGGGUACAGAAGGGAAAUGGAUAUUUUCAAGUGCCCCCCCAUACCCCGGUGAUCUUUGGUGAAGCUGGAGGACGCACGCUGUUCAGGCUGCUCUGCCGAGACUCCGGGGGUGAGACUGAGUCGAUGCUUCUUAAUGAGACGGUGCCACAAUGGGUAAUUGACAUCACUGUGGAUAAAAAUAUGCCCAAAUUCAACAAAAUUCCUUUCUACCUCCAACCUCAUGCAUCUUCAGGAGCAAAAACUCUAAAAAAAGAUAGACUCUCUGCUAGUGACAUGCUCCAAGUCCGGAAAGUAAUGGAACAUGUUUAUGAAAAAAUCAUCAACUUGGAUAACGAGUCGCAAACCACCAGCUCUUCUAAUAAUGAAAAACCAGGCGAACAGGAAAAAGAAGAGGAUAUUGCUGUGUUGGCAGAAGAGAAAAUUGAACUUUUGUGCCAGGACCAGGUUUUGGAUCCAAACAUGGACCUCCGAACAGUGAAGCACUUCAUAUGGAAGAGUGGUGGCGACCUCACCCUCCAUUACCGACAGAAAUCCACGUGAAGUGUGGGCGAAUGCUCCUGGGUAUUUGUUUAUUGACCUUCCUCUGUGGCCCCAAGAGUAGUCCUAGGAAGCCCACCGAGCCCCAAUGGGAGCAAGACUUCUAAUGGCUGAUUUGGUAUGGACCGAGAUUCUCUUUCAGUUGAAGUGACUGAGAUGUAAAAUAGAAACCAGUCUCCAUGUGUAGAUUAAGCUGUCCCCAGGGAGGCAGAGAGUCCGAGCAGAAGACCCCCCCCCCCCCAAGGCAGACGUGUCUUGUGAGAUGUACAGAGAACAGGCCAGCACAGACUGGGUUUCUUCCUUUUCUUUCAAAGGACCUUAUCUUUGUUAGCACUUGUUAGAGACACAUAGGUAGAGCCACAUCUGUCACUGUGUUUCGACCUCAAACCCACACGCUCUGGAGCUUUUCAAAAGAGUACAUUCCAUUCAUGCAGCACCUAUGAAGGCUUUUUCCAAGUCGGUCAUGAAAAACAGACAAGUUGUUCUCACAUUUAAGACAGUUAUUUUUAAUAGGAAUAUGCUGUUGUACAAUUCAAAACCCAGCCCAUUUCAUAAUAAAUUAUCCUUGUUGGGCUUGUUUUAA